AUGUUUUCUUUCUUCUUCUCUGGCAAAACUGCCAACCCAAAUGACAUUUCCGAAUCUUCUCCUUCAAUAACAUCCACAACUACCACUACAACAAAAACAUCAUCAAAUUCUGCUCCUCCUCGGAAACGUGAAAAAGUAACUCUCAAACCAGGAUUUGGUCUUAGGCAAUGGAGUAUGCUACAAAUGAAAAUGCCAUCUCCGAAUGUCGCUUCUUUGGGAUCCAUUCCAAUCGGUGAAGUGGCAAAACAUGAUACGGUAGAAGAUGCUUGGAUCAUUUUACGAGAACGAGUGUAUGAUAUUUCGAAAUUUUUGGAUCAUCAUCCUGGAGGUGUGGAGAUUUUGAAACAAGUGUUGGGGAAGGAUUGUACGGAGCUAUUUGAUGAGUAUCAUUCGUUUGUUAAUUCGGAUUUUUUGUUGGAAAAGUGUUUUCUAGGUUAUGUAAAGAGAAAUUAA